GUGGGAUCGACAGUAGUUAUUUGUGGUGGUACCCAUUAUUAAAAUCAGUAUUAGAAAAAUUGUCUUGUGAUCAUGAGUGAGGUACAAAGUUAUAUGGAUUUUGUGCUGCCUUUGGUACUAGAAUCAGGCAAAGAAUUGCUAACAGUAAAAAACAUAAUAUCCGAAGCGAAAAACGGCAACGACUGGGACGUUGUCACAAUCUACGACAGAAAAAUCGAAAAUCUACUGAUCGACAAAAUCAAAAUGAAGUACAAAGAUCACAAAUUUAUAGGCGAAGAAGAAUCGGCAGCCAAAAACACCAUUUCAACCUUAACCGAUUCGCCUACAUGGAUCAUAGACCCAAUAGACGGUACCGCCAAUUUCGUCAAACAAAUGCCCAUAACUUGCAUUUCGAUCGGAUUGACCAUCAACCGAGAGCAAGUCUUGGGUUUGAUCUACAAUCCUUACAUGGACGAGCUGUUUACAGCCCUUAGAGGCCAGGGAGCUUAUUUAAAUGGCAACAGGAUUACAACGAGUGGAGAAACAAAAAUCAACAAAUGCAUAUUCAACUAUGAAUUGUCUUUGGCAGCCCAUGACGGUAGAUUAAGGGAGCUUUACAUGAGCAGAUUGACAGCUUUAAUCGAUGUUGUUAGCGGGAUUCGGUCGUACGGUUCGGCAGCUUUGGGAUUGUGUUACGUAGCUUGCGGACGGAUAGAUGCAUACCAGUGCGACGGGUUGUACCCUUGGGAUGCUGCAGCGGGUACUUUGAUUGUUAGAGAAGCUGGAGGCUACGUGAUAGAUUCUUCAGGCAAACCCUUUGAUUUAAUGAACCCGAACUUCCUGGCCACCUCAACCGAGACUCUGAGCCAGCAAUUUAUGAGCAUAGAAAGGAGUGUAGACGUUUCAAGGCUCAACAUCAACGAAAAAACCGUUUAAUCUAUUAUUUACUUAUAAAACACCAUGCACAAUAAAUUUGUUAAUCUU